AGAGGUAGCAGAGAGGCAGAGCAGCAGCAGCAGCAGCAUCCCAGCCAGCAAACCUCACCAAUCUCCCACCAGCAGCGAGGUGUUUUCUCACUGAGCAUCCUCCAAAAAUAACGAGAUAAAAGAUAAGAUGGCCACCUCCUCCUCCACUCUGGAAGAAGACGAGAGUUUGAAGGGCUGUGAAAUUUUUGUGCAGAAGCACAACAUCCAGCAGAUCCUCAAAGAGUGCAUUGUGAACCUCUGCAUCGCUAAGCCUGAGCGUCCUAUGAAGUUCCUGCGGGAGCAUUUUGAAAAGCUGGAGAAGGAAGAAUGCAAGCAGAUCAUGGCACGCCAGAAAUCUAACAGCCAGUCGGACUCACAUGAUGAUGAAGUUUCUCCCCCACCACCCAACCCGGUCGUCAAGGCUCGGCGCCGCAGGGGAGGGGUCAGCGCCGAGGUCUACACUGAAGAGGAUGCUGUCAGCUACGUACGCAAGGUGAUCCCAAAGGACUACAAGACCAUGACCGCCUUGGCAAAGGCAAUCUCCAAGAAUGUGCUGUUUGCUCACCUGGACGACAAUGAGAGAAGUGACAUAUUUGAUGCCAUGUUCCCUGUCACCCACAUUGCAGGAGAAACAGUCAUCCAGCAAGGCGAUGAAGGAGACAACUUUUAUGUGAUUGACCAGGGUGAAGUGGACGUUUAUGUGAACGGGGAGUGGGUGACCAGCAUUGGAGAAGGAGGUAGUUUUGGAGAGCUGGCCCUGAUCUAUGGGACACCCAGAGCUGCCACAGUGAAGGCCAAGACUGAUCUUAAACUGUGGGGAAUCGACCGAGACAGCUACCGGCGUAUCCUGAUGGGCAGCACUUUAAGGAAGAGAAAGAUGUAUGAAGAGUUCCUUAGCAAGGUGUCCAUCCUUGAGUCUUUGGAUAAAUGGGAACGUCUGACUGUGGCUGAUGCUCUGGAGCCCGUCCAGUUUGAGGAUGGAGAGAAGAUAGUGGUGCAGGGAGAACCUGGUGAUGACUUCUUCAUUAUCACAGAGGGAAUAGCCUCUGUUCUGCAGCGCAGAUCUGACAAUGAGGAGUACGUGGAGGUUGGACGACUUGGACCCUCUGACUACUUUGGUGAAAUCGCCCUGCUGUUGAACCGUCCCAGGGCUGCCACUGUAGUUGCCCGUGGUCCACUUAAGUGUGUGAAGCUGGACAGGCCCCGCUUUGAGCGUGUGCUGGGGCCCUGCUCAGAGAUCCUCAAGAGGAACAUCCAGAGAUACAACAGCUUCAUCUCUCUCACAGUGUGACAGGUCGGCCCCUUUGGGCCCCACCAGCAGGGGUGGGCAACAUCAGCAUCAGAGUUUUAGUCGGUGGGUGGGAAGGGGUGAGGAUGCGGGGGAAAGGACGUGGGUUUUACAUCUACAAUAACAGGGCACUCAUUUGCUGCCUCUUUUCCAUUUUGUGCAUUUCUUUCUUUUGAUCUUGUGCACUUUGACUUGACCUGUGCUGUCACGUAGCUUUAUGUCAAAAACAACAUGCAGGAGUGUAAAAAUCAGAGCAAGGACAGAGACCAUUAAGCUCAUUCUAUCUUGUAAAUGAAUCAUAUGUACAGUGUUUCAACUGUAUAUGAUGCAUGCUUCUCGACUGACAAAGGAUGGCGCUUGCACUUUCGUGAGUUUAUGAAGAGUAAGGAUUCAUUCAGGAAAUAAGAAGGAAGCAAAGUCAUGUUUACGUACAGCAGGAAGAAGUGAGUACCCAUGUCUUUGCUCGCUGCCUGUGGUUUGCCUUUUUUUCACUUCUGGGUGUGCGUGAUGCCAUUUCUAGGUUAAAUCAGACUUGCACUACACACACCUAUUUUCCUUAAAAUGUAGGUGUAGAGGUUUGAAAUAAACUCUUGGCUGUUUUAUUCCUUUUCAGUGCUUUUUAAAUGUGCUUUUACUGCUGUUGGGUUAUUUGAGGCAGUGAUAUGUUGAGUUAAGAUCUGACUAUUGUAUGGAUUGUGCCAGGCAAUUCAACUGACAAGUUGCUUUUUUCAAAUCCUCUCUAUCCCAAUUUUUCCUGAAAUGGUUCAGUUUGAUCCAUAAGCUGUGGUAUUCCAAAGGCGCAAUAGUGGUAACAGUCCAGUCCACACACACAAACAGAGUCUGAAAUACACACAAACAUAUUGUAUAUGCGUACACCGUCUCAGGACUAAGUGAAUCUUCAAAACACACACACACGUCUUACCUGAUGCUUUUUUAAGCUAAUUUUGUUUUAUGUUACAGUCAUGUGAACAAAUUGAGA